ACCACUCACCCCUUACCCUUUUUUUCCAUGCCUCCUUCUCACGCAAAAAGGGCUAAUAAACCCCACAAGAAAACACCCUUUCUAAAGCCCCAUGCACAGUACCCCUGCUUUUCAGUCCCAUCAAUAUUUUCUGACUUUUUCUCAUCAUCCAAACUCUACUUUCUCUUCUAUCAUGAUCUUGAUUUUCUUCUUUCCAAUUCUCUAGUUAUCAGCGAAGAGAAAACUAACACACAAUUUUCGCCAAUGGAAGAGAGAAGGUUUCUUUAUGAAUUGAGGUUCAUUUUAUCCAUAUAUCUUCACAAAUUCAUGGACUCCCUUUGUACACAAACUAUUUCCUUUCUCUCUGCAUUAUCUUCAGAUCCUCUGUUUUCGUGCAUCGUGGCCUUUUCCACCUUGGUUUACCUCUACUUGCCUCACCUGUUCUUGAAGAUUGUUCUCUCACCAGUGCUCCUUCUAACUGCGAUUCUUUUACUUAUCUUACUCCGCCUCGGUGCAAUUCAGAAUUCCCAACAUGAACCAAAGGAAAAUCAAGACAAAGUCGAACCAAUCUUCAACGUGGAAAACAGAGCGUGCAAAGAAGAAAAACAGAGUUCAAGUCCCAUUGAACCAGAGGAACCCAAUUCUCAUGAGAAAGUGAACCAGUGGGUAAAUUCAUGUAGCAAUACAGAAACAGAGCUUGAAUCCCAAAUGGGUGUCAAGGAUAGUUCGUUUUUUGUUGAAUGGGAUGUAACUGCACCAUUGGAAGUGAUAUACGAAGAGUACGAAGGUGAAGAAGAAGAAGAAACAGGGGAUGAUCCAAGUUACGAGAGAGAAGAAAACCAGAACAUGGGUAUGCUCAGGUACCCUUCGUUGUCACGUUACUACCCGGAGUCGGAAUCUGAUAGCUCGUCGGAGAAUGGAUUUCCGGCGACGGAGGAUUGGGAAUCGCCGGAGAAUAUUUGCUACCGGUGGGAUGAAGAAGACAGAGAAGGGUUGAUUGAGAUAGCUUUGGAUGGUUGCAAGAGGAAGAGUGAGUUUCAAUUUCAGGAAGAGAACAUGAUUGAGAUUGAUAUUUCUCCGACGAGGCACAGAGAACUUUCCGGCGAGGACAAGGUUUUUUCCGGUGAGAUCAGUUGUAGUUAAUGAGAUAUUUAUUGAAGAUUGAUUAACUUUAGGGUAUGUUUGGAUUGAUGGAACAUAAUGGAACGGAGCGGAUCUUUCAAACCCUCUCUCCCUUCCGCUCCACUUCAUCCCCUUCCCCCAAUCCAAACGAAGCUUUAGUGGGUUAUCAUGGUUUUUGGGCUGGGGGAAGGGGAGAAUUCUAAUCUUGUUUUUUUAUUAGUAUUAUUUUUUUCUUUUUCUUAAACUGAUCAAUGAUCAUGUAUGAUUGAGGUGAGUUCAAUUGGUCUAGGUUCAAUCUUGUUAGACGAACUGAUCCUCCUCUUCUUUCUUUAAUUAAUGAAAUAUUUCGUUUGCCCGUAAAGAAAUGAAAAAACAAACUUAUAAUCUGAGACUUUUUAAGUACAAUGAAUUGCAGAACAUGAACUUUCAAAAUAAUUCGUUAAUAUGAGAUAUAUACAUAGUUAUGAUAGGUAAGCACCAUACAUCAUAACAUAUUGUAGGCACCUAAAUUUUUUCUCUCUUUCAUUUCUUAUGUUAUAUUUAUAUUAUAUUUAUUAUUUCUCUAGGGAAGAUUGGAAUUCAGGAACAUAUGUCUUUCAAAUAUAAGUUGGUUGGAACAUGAAAUCUUCAUUCGUGGACCAUGGAAAAGGCCUGGUUAACACUGGAAUAUUCAAAAUUGGAUUGAAAAUGUGGUAAUAAUUUGGUGUUUAAAUGCUUUUAUGCGAGAGGACACUUUUAAGAGUCUUUGCACUCCUUAGAAAGAUAGACUGGUCAAACUACUAUGGAAAAAUAAAUCUAGGAUACUUAAACACGAGGGAGAGACUGAUAUGAUUAAGAAAGCAUUAGGUGACACCUCACUGGAACACGUGACCACUAAUAUGUUUAAAGAAAGAUAUGAGCUUGAUUCGGUUAAGCGGAGCAACCAAGCCCCCAAACUGCCAACACGUUUUAGGGUUUGAGUGAGUAUUUUAAGAAGGGGAAAUCAUGUGUGAGAAUGAGGAUUUAUUUGAUUUGGUUAUGUUCUCUCGUUGUACCCUUCUCCCUGUUUUCUUUCCUUAUGCUAUUGAGAAUUUUUUCCUUCCUGUAAUGUUUUGGACAACUUCUUCAAUUCAAUAAUAUUGCUAUUGUUUCCUUCAUCUCAUUGUAAAAUUUGUGAUUAGAGACUUUCUAGUUUCUAAAAUUUUGUUGCAGAAUUUUAUUUCUUAACAUUGGUGCUUUCAUCGAGUGUUGAACAUGUCAAAAAACACACGCUUGAAGGAAUUGGCUUCCGAUUUGAAACGAGCUUCUGAGUUAUUGGAGGUUCAUGAUAAUAAGCACAAGGCGACCCAACAACAUUUGGCUUGUGUUGGAGGUUCAUGAUAAUCAGCCAAGGCGACCCAAUCUUUGUACUCCUAAAAAAUUAACUAGCACUGGUGUGUUGGGCUUGAUGUAGUCGUGUUUCUCAUUUUUAAUUAAGCAUGAUUGUGCUCUAUGAUCUCCACAAUUGUGUUUCCCAUUCGUCACGAAGAACUUGCAUUUUUACCUUAUUUU